AUGGCCCUCUACAAUACCUCAGAGCUGGAAAGGAACAGCACAGUGACAGAGGAGGAGCGUGAGUCCAUCUCUGUGUUCCCAAGUAUGUUCCUCCUUGUUUGCUUCCUGAUUGGAGUCCCUGGGAACGGCUUUGUGGUCUGGACUAUUCUGACCAAGUUCUUCAAGCGUUCCUUGACCCUUCUUCUCAUCCUGAACUUGGCUGUCACAGACUUAAUUGUCAUGAGCACUGUACCAUUCUGGAUGUACUCUUUCCUCUACGGCUGGGUCUUUGGAGAUGUGUUUUGCAGAGUCCUCAAGUUCCUUGUCUACUUGACCAUCUACGCCAGCAUCUUCUUAAUCACGCUGAUGAGCCUCCAUCGUUUUGCCGUCGUGAUCUUCCCAUUUGCUUCCCAAAAGUUGUGGCGGCCGCGGGCAGUGCACUGUGCGUUGCUGAUGCUCUGGCUGGCUGCCUGUCUUUUUGGAAGUCCAAUUCUGAUUGUGUCCUCGAAACCCAAGAAGGAAGGAAUCUGCACAGAUGAAAUGUACUACACGGAUCAACAGCGAAUAACGGUGAACUUUGUGGAGACUCUGUUUGGCUUUGUGAUCCCGUUCACCGUGAUGGCUGUCUGCUACUCCUGUGUCUUGAAAAGGCUUCGGAUGCUGAAGAGCCAUAAGAAAAUGAAAACCGGGAAGCUAAUUGCAGCUGUGGUCCUCUCUUUCUUCGUGUGUUGGCUCCCUUACCACGUCUUCAACAUCCUCAUAAGUGCAGCACUGAUGCUGAAAACGGAACGCCCGGAGACGGCAAAAACCUUGCUAGGAGUGACCAAAGUGGCAACGAACAUCCACGGGGCUGUAGCCUUUGUCAGCAGCUGUCUGAACCCGAUCCUGUACGCCUUUGCCGCGCGGAGCUUUCGUGGAGGGCUCCGGGAGACCAAUUUUGCCAAGUUGUUCGCGAAAAUUCACGAAGACUCCGAAGAAAAAUCUGCCUUGGAGAAGUCUACAGGGGACAGUGGUCUUUCAACGGAGAAGUUGUAG